GUACCUGCGCAUAUUACGACGUGCCUAUAUGGCUGAUUCGUCUGUAAUUCAUCCAGACGUGGCUAAGAAGUAUCGCCUAGUGGUUGGGAUGAUUCUGGCCGCUCGCAGGCAACUUAGCUUGUAUUCAUUGUCGCAACUCCUCAGGAUCACUGAGGAUGAGGUUUGCGCGAUAUUGGAGCCAAUUAGCUCCAUAAUUGAUCUUCCCUCGAAGAGCGGGGAAAAAAUCAAGUUCUACCAUGCAACCACAAAAGAAUUCAUCACUGGUCCCCCAAUUGGCAAUGAAAAUGACCAUGUGUUCUUUAUAAACGAUCCGAAAGGGUAUUCCUUUGGAUUACCACUCCUUCAGUAUUUCAACGACCUUUGUGAGCAGAAUUGGUUUCGCAUGCCUAGUCCUCCAUUAGGAGACGAGGAGAAAUGGGGUGAUUUUCGGAAGCACAGAGAUUCUCCACCCGUCAAAUAUGUUGUCAAAUACUUAUUCUGGCACUUGGACCCCUCGAAACUCUUUUCACAGGAGUCCAAUGGUGUCAAGCUCGCCCCCCGCGCCGAGCGAAUUGCUUCGGGUCAGUAAUCGUACAACUGAACUUCUGAAAGAAGUCAACCGAGCCCCAGGCAAUCCAUGGGAUCUCUAUCGAUCAUUCCUCCCCUUCACCCCAUCCUCAUCACCCCUCCGCAAAGUAUGUGGGCAUCGUUUCGAUCCCAUCCGCAUCUUCAGCAUUUCCGGCGAGUUUUCCGGACACAUGAUUCCCUUAAGUGAGAAGGCUCUCGGUGCUCGAAAGCUCAUGGAGGCGAAGCUGGACGAAUGGCAAAAGAAGUCUGGUCAGGGGAAAAAAGGAGGGAUUGAUUAUGAAUCCGCAUUUUGCGAACCUGAUGUCCGCAAUGGCGUUGUCACAUGUGCAGCAAUCUCUCCAAAUGGUCAUUAUAUUGCACUUGCCUUUGGUAGUGGUAUCAUCGAGAUUUCCGAUAUUGAUAAACAGCAUGCAAUCACCCGGUUUGAAUGCGAUCCACCUUGUUCUCCAGCCUGGGUGGAGUUCAUCCACGGUAACCUUCGCAUCGCUACCGAGGAUAUCAACGGUAACAUCACCAUCCUUGACCGUGGUAUGGAGCCCAUUAUACUUGGCACUCUUGCCAGUGGGCACUAUCCAGCUGUCACUGUAGUGUCGGACAAUGGACUGUUAAUAGCACGAGCUCCGCAAGAUCUUGACGGGAGUUGGUACAAUGCUAUGACACUCUUACACGUUUCGGGCGAUCCCCGUAUUCAACUGCUUGCCCCUCCCAAUGUUCCUAUUCUUCCCCCAGAUUUCCGUCUACCCGUUCCUCACCGUCACACAAUUGGGUUCUCGCCCGGAGCGCGAUAUAUCGGUGCUUUUGAUGGGGCCAGUGCCUUCACCUGGUCGACAGAGUCAUGCGAUUCCAUUGCAUACUAUCAUGUUACGAAUUUUUCGACAUGGUUUCUCAACCCUGGAAUUGACCCCCCUUGCUCAUACUUCAUCCCUGAUCUCGCGUCCAUUCAACGCCCGAGUGAGACAGAUUACUUACAACAUCCCGCGACGGACCGAGAGUAUGACUCAGAUGAGUCCUGGAUCAAGUGCCCAUUUUACGACCUCCAACGAAGUCUACAGGAGCCUGUUGAAGCGAAUUAUUCGUCUGCAACAGGAAGAGCCCUACUACACGGACGUUUUUCCGAAGGCGAGCAUUUGAUGCACUCGUUUGUAUGGUUCAAUGGCAAGCGUACACUCGAGAUUCCAACAAAUUAUGUACCGAUCGCCUGCAAACUGCCAGCCAAUUCAAAUGAGCCGGUAGCCUGGUAUGGCGACCGAGUGCCGGGACGCUGGCUUGGUGAUCAAUUGCCAUUUAGAUUUGAAAGUCCGUACUGUCCUAGGUCCAGCAGGGAUGGGACUCGAUUUGUGCUCCAGGGCCGGAUGAAAGCCCCAAUUGUCGUCGACAUUAGUCAAGUCAUUUAGUGUAUCUGCAUAAGCUUGUUAAUUUUGAUUCUUCCACACCGGUCUCCGGGUUUGGGUGUGCUUGUGUCUCAUGAGAACAUCACAACAAGCACGUCGCUAACGUAAAUUAGUCGUAACGAUUGUUAUAUUAUGACGUUGAACGAGAUUACUAUUCACAACUAGAGGGGGAGAGCAUACUAUGGAGGUUCGGUGGUAAAGCGCGGGGAGGGAAGUGUGCCGAACCGUGUGUCGAACAACGAUUCGAGCAUAUCCAUCCCGAGAGUCGAGAGUCAGGCGGCAGGCCAGAUAUCG